AUGGCGGGCUCUAGGUUCUGCGCGAGCUGGCAGGACAAGAAGGACAAAAAAGACAAGAAGAAAAAAGAGAAGCAAAAAAAAGAAGGACAAGAAGAAGAGUUCUUCGUCAUCUUCGUCCUCAUCCAGCUCUUCGAGUUCUGGGUCAGGUGCGAAUUAAAAGGUAGGAAACCGAACCGCUCCCACGAUCCAGAGGGCAGCAUCAUGCGUCUCUUCUCGUUGCUCCUUGCGGUGGCCUCGGCGUCUUCCGUGUCCGAGUCUUCCAGUGCGGAUGUUACCAAUCUGCUUCAGAGGCUAAGCCCACCCCCACCACAGCAGCUUCUGUCCACAGGCUCCUUCGGCACAGAUACAGCACAGGGCCAGGCCAAGAGUCAGAUUCAAAACCAGGCCGAGGGCCAGGCCGAGGGCCAGAGUGAGGAGGACAAGCCAAGGCCUCACCACAACCCAGCGGAGAUGGAGAAGCUUGGGUUCACCUCGGCAGAUGACAAAUGGAGCAAUUCGCCCCUUGCCAAAGAGAGCCCGGAAAAGAAGGAAGGUAAGCCGGUGGAGAUCAUUGUGACCAAUCAGCAUGUGGAGAAGAACUCGAAGGACUCAGAGGAUUCAAAGGACGCAGCUGCUUCAAAGAAGCAGGAGAAGGCCGCAAGCAAAAAGGCAGAGAAGAAGGAGAAAGCCGCAAGCAAAGAGAAGGCAGAGAAGAAAGCUGCAAGCAAAGAGAAGAAGGCAGAGAAGAAGGAGAAAGCUGCAAGCAAAGAGAAGAAGGCAGAGAAGAAGGAGAAAGCUGCAAGCAAAGACAAGGCAGAGAAGAUUGCAUCAAAGUCUGCGAAGUCAUCCAGCUCCGCAAAGUCCAAGAAAGCUGAGAAAGCCGCGGAGAGCAAGACCAAAAGCACUUCGUCCAAGAAGAAGACAGCCGACAAGUCAGAAUCUCAAGCGAAAGAAGACAAGAAGGUGAAGAAGUCCAAGCAGGCAAAGGAGGAUAAGGAGGAGAAGGAGGAAGAGGAGGAAGAGGCGGAGGCUUCAGAGGAGACUGCCAAAGAGACCAAAAAAUCAAAGUCCUCCGCGUCCAAGAAGGUUUUGGUGAAGACGGCUUCAAGAGUGGAGGAAGCUCCAGUGGAGACGGAAUCGAAGGAUGAGAAGACAGCGGAAACCAAAGUUGAGGAAGCCCCGGAGCAACUUCAGGCUGCUGCCAACAAGGAGGCUUGCGAAAAUUGGAUGAAGGAGUGCCGCACCGACUUCAACGUGGAUGCCUGCAUGAGCUACAAGGGCUUCUGCCUGCACUCCGAGACUGCAGACGCUGACACGAAAGGUCUGCUUGAUGGCCUCGCAGGACCAGACCCCGAAGCUGUUGCAGAUCCGACUGAGGAGCUUUCCGAGAAGGCGACGGAUGUGCUGAAGCCUGCGGCUGAGAGUGCCGAGGCUGACCCAGCCGACGGCUCGGAGGACCGUGACGUCGAGGAGGCCGAGGCCGCUACGGGGGAAAUCAGAGGCGAGAUCAGCAAGGCUGGAGAUGGAGAAGCUGGCGUCGGCACCGACAAGGAGCCAAAGACUUUGCCAGAAGCUCCGGCCUCAAGCGAGGAGUCCGUGGAAGGCGAAGAGGCAACGGAAGAAGUCCCGACCGAGGCCGAGGAGGCCGAGAAGAUCGCCGAGAAGGCUGAGGAAGCACCGGCCGAAGCGGAGGCUGAAGAGACCGAGGAGGAGGAGGCCGAGAAGCCCUCGGCCCCGAGCCCCUUUGGCCUCGACACCAAGGAGCUCCCCGAGGCCGAGGAGCCUUCCGCAGAGGUGGAAGAGGUGGAAGAAGUUGCAGAGCCCUCUCUAAAGGAAGCCGAAGAAGAGGCUGAACCUGCUGAGGCCGAAGAAUCGGAGGCCGAAGAACCGGAGGCUGAAGCUUCUGAAGCUUCGGAGGCCGAAGAACCGGAGACCGAAGCCUCCGAGGUCGAAGCCGAAGCCUCAGAGUCCGAAGAGCCGGAGGCCGAGGCUCCGGAGUCUGAGGCUGAGGAGGCUCCGGAGGCCGACGCUGAGGAAGCGGAGGCCUCAGAAGCUCCAGAGGCUGAGGCGGAAGAGGAGGAGUCCGCAGAGGAAGCUGCUGAGCCCUCAGCAGCCGAGGAGGAAGUUCCAGCCAUUUCGGAGACCUCAGAGACCUUCAAGGGCACGGGCUCCGAGAACUUCGGAUUCACGGUGGCGCGCCACGGCGUAGCUUCCACGAACGCGAAGACGACGGUCAAGAAGGUCAAUUCCACGAAAUCGUCUCACAACACCACAAAAGCCAAGGAAGGCGCUGAUCCCAGGUGGGUCUUCGGGCAAUCAGGCACCGAAGUGACGAACCAGGUGGAGGUUGAGGCCCCCACCACCACCUUCAAACUCAGCGCGUCCGAUGCGCUUGGAGAGCCGUCCUUGGGCCUGGCACAGAAACAAGGUGAUCAUCAGCAGCUCGAGGACGCCAAGGCAAACCUUUGCGCAUGGUGGCACUCCAUGUGCAGCCACGUGGAUUCCACGGCAGAGAUUUGCAGCAAGUACGCCAGUGUCUGCAGCUAA